CGCGUACCGGGAGUACGGGACAAGCCGAACCGGGAAAGGAUGGAAUUCGCGGGCAGGAAGAACGGGAUGGGACUGGAACCCAACAGGGUUAAACCCAGCGGGGUAAAAUGGGACUGGAUCGGACAGAAUGGGACCGGACCGGGCAGGAAAGGACCCCACGGUGUCAGACCCGCCCAGGCAGGAUGGGACCCUACAGGGUGAGAGUGACCCCGCUCCUUCCCGGCACAUCCCGCUGCCGGUAAGCGUCGCCAGCGGGGAGUGGGGCACGGGACGAGCCGAGCCGGGAAAGGAUGGGAUCCGAGCGGAUCGGAGUGAGCCGGGCAGGAUGGGACUGACAGGGCAAGAUGGGACCCAACGGGGUCAGACCCAGCUGGGCAGGAGGGGUCCGAGCGGGUCAGAGUGACCGGGCAGGGUCAGACCCGAGGGGCAAGGCUGAGCCCGGCAGGAUGGGAUCCAACGGGACCAAACCAAACUGGGCAGGAUGGGGGCAGGCUGGGCAGGACUGGACCCAAACAGAUCGAAUUGAACUGGGCAGGAUGGAAGAGAACGGGGUCAGAUGCAGAGAACAGCCGCGCUUUGGGAUUUGGGGUGAUCCCAGAGCCGCUCCGAAUGGAAGCUGCCCGGCUUUGCCCUUGGGGAGGUUUGGCAGCUCUUACCGUGGAGCAGGGCUCAAAUUCCCACCGUGAUCCCGCUGGCAGGGCUGGUGCAGGGUGGAUUCUCCCCUGUGCCUCUGCUCCCGUGGUCUGGGGUGCCUGCAUCCCUCAGGCAUCCACAGGGAUCAGCCCCGUGCCAGAAGUUGUAUUGCACAUAAAUGUGCUUAAGUGUGCUCAAGGGACCUGGUUUUCCUUGGCACCUCUGCUGUGGGUGCCCGGAGCCUGGCCUCUACCUUUUAUAUAUAUUUAAAUGUAUUUGUGCACGUAUGUAUCCAGAGGUAUAAAUAUAUCCCUCUAUAUGAGCAUGUAUAGAUGUAUAAAUAUAUUUCUGUAUACAUGGAUGGAGACAUGUAUCAACAUGAGUGUGACUCCAGGUGCUCAGGGACAUAUAUUUGUGUGUAGGGGUGUAGAAAUUUCUGUAUAUGUGUGUGUAUAUUCUGUAUAUGUGAGCGGAGAGAUUUAGAUUUAUAUAUAUUUUUAUAUAUAUAUAUAUAUAUAUAUAUAUAUAUAUAUUUAUAUUUAUAAAUAUGUAAUGUGUGUGUGUGGAGAGCCAUAGAUAUGGUUGGAUGUAGUGAGAUACAUAUGUAGAGAGAUGUGCAGAGGUGUAUUUAUGUAUAGAGAUAUGUGUUUAUGUUUGUAUUUGUAUUUAUAUUUACAUGCAUAGUGGUAUAAGCCAGCUGAGACUGGGAAAGCUCGUUGCACCUUCCCUGUCCCCAUCAUUCCCUUUCCAGCAUGGAAUCACAGCCCAGGAUGCCCAGAGCCUCCUUGAGGUGCUGAUUUAUGAUGGGGCACCAAACUGUGGGAAGAUGAAUGUGCACACCCAAGGACAGAGUGGCUCUGCCACCACCCUGUGCCCAAUAAUCCAUGUUUAGCACACCAAAACUUCCAGUGUUGUCCCAAUUUUUCCACAUUGUUACACCCUGAGGCUUCACUAAAUGGAGAUUUCCCUUAAAACAUCCAAGCCUGGCUGCCCACCGGGCAGAUGGGCACCUGAGGAUAUUUUGGCCCCAGCCAGGAGAUGUUUGGGGAUAAGGAUGUGGUGGCUUUGGCCAAGUGACACGCAGGAUGGAGCAUCCCUCUUUGGAACUUGCUGAGCUGGAGCUUUCACUUCCACCCAGCCCAGAGUGCCAGCCCUGCCAGCCAGCCACAGAGACCAGGAUGGGAAAGAUAAACCACAGAGGAACAUUUCCAAGGGACAAAGCCUUCCCCACAUCCUAUUCCAGGGCAGCAACAUCCAAAAGCUUUUCUCCACCGUAUCCAGCUCGCAGAAUCCCCCUCCAAAUCAAUAGCAGGGCGUUAAUUAAAGCUAAUUCCACUGGAGAAGGGCUUGGUUUGAAAGCAAAGAGGUUGGAGGGGGCACGUGCAGGGGGAAGCUCGCGGCUGCGGGUGAUUAUUUUUAAUCUCUUCCCCAUCUGGCCACAGAAGCAGCUCCACUUCUCUUUCCCGAUCCUUGUUCCUCCUCUGCAGGCACCUGAAACCUCUGGGAUGAGGGUGACCCCAUCCUGACCCUUCCCAACACCACAGGCACCCCUUCUUUCCCCCCUAAAGUCUCAUUUCCCAAUGGGUUUCAGCCAGUGCCCGUCGCUGUGGUGGCAGGGUGCCAGCUCCUGUGGAUGUGGGAGGUGCCAGCCCCAUCACCCCAAGAGCUGGCAGGGAUUCCCAUGAUGGGGUUUUGGGGUGAGAAAAGGGACUUUUGGGAUAAUCCACCCCGACAGACAAUGAGGUGGGAACAUUCCCAGGGCACAGAAAUUGGUCGAGGCUGAGGGUGUCAGUGUGGUUUCAUUAACUGGUUUCAUUAAUUGGUAGGUGCUGGCAGACUGUGACUGGGGGUUCUGGGCAGCUGCAGGCCCUGGAUACAGCUGGGAUGGGCAUUCUCCAGUGUCCCACCUUUCCCUGGGAUCAGGAGGGAUUUUUCCUCCUCUCCUCCAGCUUUCCCACCCCUCCAAACCCAGCAGCAGGGGGCUUCAGUGCUGUUUCCCUCUUACAAAGAGGGGUUUUUUCCUCAUUUGCCAUUUUUUGGGGGGAAUCCUUCUUUUUCUGGCUGCUCUUCCUUUCUUUGGGUGCCCUCCCUAACUGAAGACCUGGGCAUGGCCCUCAGCAAUGCCCUGCCAACACCUCCAAGGGGUGUUUUGGGGGGAAAAUAUGUUGAAAACGGGUGUAGACCACACUAAUACACUUCAAACUCAGUGCCUGUGCCUCAGUUUCCCUUGUUUUACUGCAGCACCUGCUCAGCUGGAGCAUCUUUUUCCUCUUGGUGCCACAGUGCCAGGGGACUUCCCUGUCCCCAGCAUCUGCCCACAGUCGGAAGGAGCCAAAUAUGAGGGAAAUGAGGCAAAAAUGGAGGAAAGGAGGCAAAAAAAAUGAGGAAAAAUGAGCAAAAAAUGAGAGGGAAAAUUUUUUAAAGUACAGAAAAGACCAAAUAAUCCCGAGCCAGCCACAUCCUGGCACCUUCAGGCAGGAGCAUCCCCUUGCCUGGCGGCAUCUGAGCCGUGCCACAGCCGUGCAGUGCCAGGCAGAGCCAUUCCUGCCAGCUGGGUUUCUGUUCCCCGUUCCCCCGGGCUGAAAGAGGAAAGGGAAGUGUUGCUCAAUGGGGCGAGCACAGCACCCACAGAUGUGCCGAGGGCUGGCAGAGCCGUGGCUCCCAGCACCCCGGGGCACCCCAAGAGGUGCUGCGGAGGCGCCGUGCCGGCAGAGAGGGCACUGACGGCUGGGAGCACCACCAUGGCCAACCUGACAGCCACGAGCGCCGGCAGGAACUCGUGCACCUACCACGAGGAGUUCAAGCAGGUGCUGCUGCCCCUGGUGUACUCGGUGGUGUUCGUGGUGGGGCUGCCCCUCAACGCCGUGGUCAUCGGGCAGAUCUGGCUGGCGCGGAAGGCGCUGAGCCGCACCACCAUCUACAUGCUCAACCUGGCCGUGGCCGACCUGCUCUACGUCUGCUCCCUGCCCCUCCUCAUCUACAACUACACCCAGAAGGACUACUGGCCUUUCGGGGACUUCACCUGCAAAUUCGUGCGCUUCCAGUUCUACACCAACCUGCACAGCAGCAUCUUCUUCCUCACCUGCAUCAGCGUCCAGCGCUACCUGGGCAUCUGCCACCCCUUGGCCUCGUGGCACAAGAAGAAGGGCAAGAAGCUGACAUGGCUGGUGUGCGCGGCCGUGUGGUUCAUCGUCAUCGCCCAGUGCCUGCCCACCUUCGUCUUCGCCUCCACGGGCACGCAGAGGAACCGCACGGUCUGCUACGACCUGAGCGCGCCCGACCGCUCCGCCGCCUACUUCCCCUACGGCAUCACCCUCACCUUCACCGGCUUCCUGCUGCCCUUCGUGGCCAUCCUGGCCUGCUACUGCAGCAUGGCCCGCAUCCUGUGCCAGAAGGACGAGCUCAUCGGCCUGGCCGUGCACAAGAGGAAGGACAAAGCCGUGCGUAUGGUCAUCAUCGUGGUCAUCGUCUUCUCCAUCAGCUUCUUCCCCUUCCACCUCACCAAGACCAUCUACCUGAUCGUCCGCUCGUCGCCCGCCCUGCCCUGCCCGGCCCUGCAGGCCUUCGCCAUCGCCUACAAGUGCACGCGGCCCUUCGCCAGCAUGAACAGCGUGCUCGACCCCAUCCUCUUCUACUUCACGCAGCGCAAGUUCCGCGAGAGCACCCGCUACCUCCUCGACAAGGUGAGCUCCAAGUGGCGGCACGACCACUGCGUCACCUACGGCUCCUAGGCGAGGACAAGGCCACCAAGGCACGGGGCAUUUCGGCUCUAAACUCCACGGAGUAGAGAUGGCUUCACCAGGAACAUGCUGGAGGAGAGGAGGAUGGCAUCUCCCAAGCUGGCAGCACUUUCAGCCCAUCUGCAGCCGGGUGAUGGACCCACGGUGAUCCACCUCCGUACAGUGUUAACCCCAUCACAGAUCCAGUGUUCUCUCCCUUGCUCACUUGGAGCAGCUCAGCACCUUAGUGGUCAAGCCACCGAUGCACCAAAAACCCACUGGGACCGUGGGAACAAGAUGGAGCUCCAUGGAGGACACAUCCUGGCUCAGGAUGAGCUGCUGGGGGAUGAUUUGUCCCCAUACUCAAUUACAAAUUCCCUGAUGGGGACAGCAUGAAGGCUGGGAAGGGGUUGGUUCAGCCCAUACCACGGGGCCAUGUGCUCCUCCAGCUCAAGAUCAGUGUCAUGGGUGGUUUUAGUGAAACAUCUUUUUUGGGACAUCCCUAUCCCCCAGUGCCUGGAAUGAGGCCACACCAGCAAGAGACACAAGCUCACUGGUAUUGCUGGUGCUGCAAAAUGGUGGAGGAGCACUCCUGGACAGACUGGGAAGAGGGAAAGGGGACAGCAGGGCAGCUGGAACACCCAUGCUGGACUUCCCACUGAAGCCACGACCAUGGGCUGGGUUAGGCACAAGCUAGCAGCACUGUCACCUCCUGGUGACCUUCACCUGAAUCCAGCUCCCUGCUUAGCCCAGCACCCCAAAUCUGGCCCGUGCUGGUGCCAGUGGUGCCCUGCUGUCACCUCCUAACCAGGAUCCACCACAAUCAGAGCCAGCACACGUGGACACAACACCCAGAGCUGGCAGAUGCAUUCCACAGAGAGCUACUCAGUGUCCUGGCCAUGUCACCACACAUCCCACAGCUGGCUUGGCCUCUCCAUGGGGCUGGCACUUGAGCUGUGCUCCCCCAGCCUCUGUGGGGAUGCUGCUCCCCCACAGCAAGGAGGGGUUUGCGAGGUGGAUGCACCACUCAUCGCUCUGCGAGUCUCCUCUAACAUAUAGGAUGUAUGGAAUUAACUCCUGCUCUCUCUCAGAUGGGUGUAUACACCCACUGGAUGUACAGACAUAGAAUCCAUCCGAGCAGAGGGAGGUUUGUGGCCCAGCCCAGGCUCUGCACUGCAGAAAUUCUCUGCCUGAACACGGUAGAUGUAUCUAUAAUGUAUAUAUAUAUAUAUAAAAAUAUAUAUGUGGA